AUGAGCGUUAUUCUAUGUACCGCGGGCUACGACCAUACCAUCCGCUUCUGGGAGGCUCUAUCCGGAAUCUGCUCGCGCACGAUCCAACAUCCCGAUUCCCAGGUAAAUCGUCUUUGCAUAACUCCGGAUAAACGAUAUCUUGCGGCUGCCGGUCACAACAAUGUGAAACUAUACGACAUCAAGUCCACGAAUCCGAAUCCUGUAAUGACCUUUGAAGGUCACACAAACAACAUCAGCGGAGUCGCCUUUCACUGCGAAGGAAAGUGGAUGGUUACGAGUUCUGAGGAUGGCACAGUAAAGGUGUGGGACACACGGACCGGCAGUCUCCAGCGCAAUUACGCCCACAAGGCUCCGGUAAAUGAUGUAGUCAUUCAUCCCAACCAGGGAGAGCUUAUUAGCGGUGACCGUGCCGGAAUCGUCCGUGUAUGGGAUCUUGGAGAGAGUGUCUGCACCCACCAACUGAUUCCAGAGGAUGAUGUCGCUGUGCACAGUGUUAGUGUCGCAAGCGACGGAUCUCUGCUCUGUGCUGGCAACAAGAAGGGAAACGUUUAUAUCUGGCGUAUGAUUCAAGAAGCCGAAGUGACGCGCAUUGUCCCAAUUUGCACAUUUCAAGCACACAAAGACUACCUCACCCGUGUCCUUCUUUCGCCGGAUGUCAAGCAUUUGGCAACUUGCUCUGCUGACCACACGGCAAAAGUGUGGAACCUCGAUCUCGACUACCCCCCUGCAAAGAUGGCUAUUGCCGCGGCCGCGCGAACAAAAGCCAUGUCACCACCUUCAACUGACGGCAAGCCGGCAUCUCCAUCCCCUGCCCUGCCAGAGAGUCAAAGCAACUCGGUGUACAGUGAGAAAGGCAGGGCUGAUAGCAUCCCGUUCCAUCUACUCAACGGGAAUCCGCCGGCGACCAACGAACCACCACCACCACAAUUUCCGGUACAGCCAGAUGGCCCUCCUAUGGAUCCAAACACUGGAACUCUUUUCCUUGAAACAACACUGGCGAAUCACCAACGGUGGGUUUGGGACUGCGCCUUUUCUGCUGACUCGGCGUAUCUGGUGACGGUAUCCAGCGACCACUAUGCACGCCUCUGGGAGCUGUCCUCGGGCCAGAUCAUCCGCCAGUAUAGCGGACACCACCGCGGGGCGGUAUGUGUUGCGCUUAAUGAUUACUCGGAGCCUCGUUAA